AUGCGCUCACUUCUGGAAGAUUGGCUUGCAUAUGGUACAUCACAUAUCGGGGGAACUCGAUGUGCCCCUCAAAUAUCAUACACCGGGGCGCUUUUGAAUGGCAGACCUACAUUCGAUCCUUACACUGAUGUCCCCCCUGGCGGCUGCACUGUCAAACUCAAGCGUCGUGAGAAUUCCACUUGCGUUCCAAAUAUUCCCUGCUUUGGUGCGUUGGCUAUAUCUUCUGCCUCCCCUCAUCCCUACGGAGCGCAGUGUCUUGGCAUUGGCAUGCUCUUCAUGCCAUACUCGCCCCGUUGGCUCGUUGAGCAAGGUCGCGAGAAGGAGGCUCUGGGAGCUGUCGCGUCUUCGCCGGAAGCCCCUGACAAUCAUUCGGUCCCAUUGAUUCCUGGAGAUCAUGGCUGA